AUGCUAAAUGAGAUAAAAUCUUCAUCAGUAUUUCAAGGAGGACAACGUCAAACAAAACCAAUGCGUCGUUUUCUUCGAAAAUUUUCUAAUGAUUGGUCGAUGGAUUUUUCAGCAAUGUUAGCGUACAAUUUAUUAAUUACUCUUCUUCCAAUUGCUGUUGCAUUAUUUGGAAUUUUGGGUUUAGNAUAUUUAAGUUAUAUGCAUGACGAACAUGGUGUUGGAGAUCAAAGAAGACCUUUGUGUGAACAUAAAACCGAUAUACAACCAACAACAGCAACCGAAAGAGCAAUGACAAGUCAAUCAUCACCUAGACAUAUAUGGUUUAAUAAAUUAUGCCCAUCAAAAACAACUUCAUCAACAGAACAAGACAGAGAAGGACAACAUAUGAUUUAG